AUGGCGCACUCACCAGUAACCCCCUCUCCACGAUCUUCGUCCCUCAACUUGAGUGAAGACAUACAAGACAAAGCUGCCGAGGACUCGCGCCCACAAACCGCGUCUGAGCCGUCGCUAAUUUCUAUCGACACCUCUUCAUCGGCAACGCUUGAAGACCUUUCCCCCCCAUGCCCUCAGUUAUCCACCACCCACCGCCUCGUAGUACAUAUCGGCGCUGCACUAACUCUGUUCCUAGCCACGACUGACGCUACGAUCGUGUCUACUAGCCUUCCGACCAUCGCGCUCGAGUUGGAGAUGAGCCAGGCCGACUAUACUUGGGUUGGCAUCGCCUACAUGUUGACACAAACUGCUUUUCAACCACUCUAUGGUCGUAUUUCUGAUCUGGUCGGCAGAAAGCUGGUUUUGUACACAAGCAUCUUGGUGUUUGCUAUUGGUUCCCUGCUUUGUGGUGCAGCCCAGAACAUUACCAUGCUGCUGGCCGCUCGGGCUAUCUCUGGCAUAGGUGCCGGAGGAAUCGUCGGUUCCGUUUGGGUUAUUACGGCAGAGAUUGUGGAAGACCAGCAUCGCGCGAAAUGGUCUCAGGCUCUUAGCGUGACUUGGAGCUGCUCUGCUAUUGCUGGCCCUGUUCUCGGCGGCGUGUUCAGCGGCAGUCAUAAUGGCCUCAGUUGGCGAUAUGGAUGCACUUUAUCUCAACCUGCCGGUCUGUUCUGUCGCCUUUGUGGUUCUCUUCUUCUCGCUCCGUGGGGUUACCCUUCAACGGGCUCAGGCAGCGUCUUGGCGGUCUUUUCUCCGAACCUUCGACUUCGGAGGACUACUUCUAUUCAUGACGGGGAGCAGCUUUAUCGUUGUGGGGUUCAGUUUGGCAUCUGCCAAUGGCUGGACUGCACCUUCGACUCUGUUGCUUAUAUGUCUUGGCUUCUUGGUUCUUGUGUGCGGUGGCGUCCACGAGACAAGAACCACGCGCGAUUGUUUGUUCCCAGCGGCUACUUUCAACAACCACAGAACCAAUCAACGCAUCCAGUUGCCGUACUUGCCAUUACCUUUUUCCACAACGUUGCAUUUACGGCGGGGACGUUCUUUUUGGGUCUCUAUUACCAGGCUGCGAAUGGCUCCACGCCACUAGAAGCGGGAUUCAAACUAUUGCCAUACUCUCUGGGCUCUUCCCUUGCCUCUAUGCCAGCUGCCUGGUUCGCCACAUACUGGAGACAAAGAACCCAAACAUCACACGGCUCCAACUUUGUGGUAACAGCUGGCCUAUUGAUUGCGACUUUAGGUUUCGGCUUACUGAACCUAUUGGACGAACGAUCUACCGUGACAGCAGAAUUAUUUCCCUUGGUAGCGGGAAUCGGACUAGGAAUGCUAUUCCACGCCCCUUACCAGGUGUUUACCAGCAUUUUGGAGCGCAAAGACCUGGCCGCCGCGACCAGUGCCUUCUUCCUUGUCAGAUUUACUGGUGCUACAGUUGGAUUGGCAAUUGCUGGCGCUGUCUUUGACGAACGGGCUUUAGGUCGAAUACCUCCGGGUCUGCUGAUCAAUAGCGGCUCUUCAAUAGAUUUCGCGAGGCUCAGAAUGCUGCAGCCUCCGGAACUUGAACAGAAAGUGUUGCACAUUAUUGCGACGUCAAUCCAGACGAUAUGGGCUUUCUGCGCGCCGUGCCUUGGUCUAUCUUUCCUGUUAUCGCUACCGGCACUUUUCCCCCAGAACAAUCUACGUCACUGGUAA